GCCUGCCCCAAACCAGCGCAGAGCCACAGGACCGGCCUUGCCGCCGCCGCCCCGGCUGAGGGCUGUUGACCAGUGCUCCUACUCGCCAGUGAAACAACUAGUGACCUUUUUUUCUGACAGUUGUUUGCCAAGUUCACAGUAAACCUUGGCUUCCUUAUUCAGAAAAACAACUUGUUUUAAAAAGUGCUGAACCUGGAGUACAGUAGAAAAGCAUAAUGCCAGCCAGGUUCUGACUGACGGUCAAAUAACGCUGUCUACUGAGGGUUUUAGACUUUCUCAAAUGGUUUCGACACCUCCGGCUGUCUUGGAUGCCUGAAAGUCAAGGGAGAGACAGCGAAAGCCACAUCAACAGCAAUGGUUCCAGCACUAGCAAUUCGGUUGCUUGCUUCGGACAGUAUCAAUACACAGCAAGUGAAUAUCAAGCUAUCCAGCAUGCUCUUCGUCAGAGACUGGGUCCGGAAUAUAUCAGCAGUCGGCAAGCUGGAGGAGGACAAAAGGUCUGUUACAUUGAGGGUCACAAGGUAAUCAGCCUGGCCAACGAGAUGUUCGGCUUCAAUGGCUGGGCUCAUUCAGUCACUCAGCAGAAUGUUGACUUUGUUGACCUCAACAAUGGCAGGUUCUAUGUGGGGGUCUGUGCAUUUGUGAAAGUUCAGCUUAAGGAUGGGUCAUACCAUGAAGAUGUGGGGUAUGGAGUCAGUGAAGGCCUAAAGUCUAAGGCCUUGUCCCUAGAAAAGGCAAGAAAGGAGGCCGUAACAGAUGGACUGAAGAGGGCACUCAAGUGCUUUGGGAAUGCUCUUGGGAACUGCAUCCUAGACAAAGACUACCUACGAGCCGUGAAUAAGCUUCCACGUCAGAUACCCUCCGAGUUAGAUUUGGUCAAAGCUAAAAGAGAGGACUAUGAGCCUGAAAUAGAGAAAGCAAGAUACAACAGCUGUUUGGAGAGGCAGAACGCAGGAGGAAGACAGCAUUGCGAGAUGGCAACUGCUUGCAGGCCCAGUCAGACAGAGGCUGCUGUGGUGAUGGUAAAUCAGCCAAGUAGUUCCAGGGGCAGAAAUACAGACCCCGUAGCUAUUGAGUGUGAUGCCACUUACCAGCGGAAAUUGCGACAAAAGCAGCUACAGCAACAGUUCCGGGAACAGAUGGAGAAAAAGCAUCAGGCUCCAGUAGUUACUCCUAGCAGCAAACAGGCCACAUCCGAUCCUCCCGUAAAGCACAGCACUCCAGCAGUGGUACAACAGGAACUAGCAAUAGAAGAGGAGUUCUUUGCAGAUGAUCCUGAACUUUGGGACAUUUCCUUGGAGACCGCUGAUCUUAAGGUAAUGGGUCACAAUGUGGCAGACCCAUCAGCUGGGCACCGGACACCUGAAACACCCCGUGGACAUCAUCAAAUGACUACUCGGAACAGGACCCCUCACAGAAUGACUUUCCAUAAAGGUUCUGCUAGGGUGGCACAACUGCAGCCAGCUGCUACAAUCAUCAGCAACAGCAGCUGUGCCGGCCAGCGUACCCCAGAGUACAGCCCCCACCAGAGAAGCCAAAGCUUGAAGAAAAGGAGACUAGAACCUACGUAAGACACCUGGUAGUAUCUGUUACCUCCCUACUGGAUUACAUCAGAAGUCUGCAGUUGGCUGCUCAAAUUAUUACGUCUGAUGCAUUAAUGGAUUUUCCUGUAUAUUAUGGUGAAGCAACACGGAAGAAGUUAAUACAGCCAGCAAGAACUUAAUGUUCUUUUAGGUUAUAACAUGUUUCAGAUGCCUUUUUCUAUAAACAAGCAAUCAUGCUGCUUCUGCAGCGCUAGACUCUACGCAGCUGUACUACAGGCUGACACUACCCGUAAAUUUGCCUGAAACGGUAACAGAGUUAAUACUUAGAACAAGAUGCAAGUCAUGGCUUCUUCCUCCCUCAGCGUUGCCUUUCAGCACAGAGAAAAGCACUUGUCGGUAAAAUGGGGAGAAGGGUGGGUUAUGGUCAGGUGGCAGAGCCCGCAAGCUGCACUCGCCCAUUCGGUGAGGCCGAGGGUGUGAAGCUGUG